AUGGAGUCGAAUUCCUCCGAUAGAGGCGGCCGUCACCUGGACGCCUCUGCUGACCGCGAGGUUGUUUACUGUCACCAGUGCGAACAUGAGUGGUAUCGCGAUCAAGGUGGUUUGAUCUGCCCUAACUGUGACGGCGAGGCCACCGAAAUCGUAACUCCCGAGAAUGAUCCCCGCAAUAUGGAAGAUGACUUCGCAUUACCAGGCUUUGACCAUCACCACCGCCACUUGCACGAUACUGAUUCGGAUCCCGAGGAGGAUGACAUCGAGGAACACCUCGCACAUGGCCCCGGCGGCUUCUUCGGUCGUCGCACUCUCUUCCGUGCUCCGGGAGAUCCAGAAGCAGUUUACAGAUCACGCGCGCACCCCGAGAACAGCGAUGACAUAAUCAGAAGAUUCACCGAGAUGUUGGGAGACAUUGGAGGUCCGAAUUUGGGACCACCUGCUGUGACUGGUCGUUCUGGUCCGGCCACGCUCUUCAGUGGACCUGGUGGUCAAGGUGGACCUGGACUUGGCGAGCCCCGUGUCAGCUACACCACCUUCCAUGGUCCUGGAUUUACUGGCAAUGUCAGUAGUUAUACAAUUACCAGUUCAAGCGGAGGCCAAUCGAGAACGAUCCGCGGUGGUAAUCGGCUCGGUGGCGCUGAAGACCCCUUCCAAUCGAUCUUUGGCAACAUAUUCGGCCAUGUUGGUCCACCUCCCGGGGCAAGGAAUGAUCCGACGAGUCCCGAUGCGCCUGGCGGUCCCGGAGCUCCUCAAGAAGGCCGUGUGGAUCUUGCCGCAGCCUUGAAUCAGCUCUUUGCGUCAGUACUUAACCCCACUGCCGUGCAUGGUGACGCCGUAUACUCUCAAGAGGCUUUGGAUCGCAUUAUCACCAAUCUCAUGGAGGCGAACCCUCAGUCGAAUGCACCUCCCCCAGCGUCACCCGAGACCAUCGCCAAACUACCGAGAAAGAAGCUGGAUGAGCAGAUGCUAGGUCCCGAGUUAAAAGGUGAAUGCACCAUCUGUAUCGAUGAAAUGCAUGUCGAAGACGAGGUUAUAGUGUUGCCUUGUAAGCACUGGUUUCACGAGGCCUGCGUAACGUUAUGGCUUAAGGAACACAACACUUGUCCCAUCUGCCGUACGGCUAUCGAUGGGUCUGUGGCUAGCGAAUCUGGAGCUACGCCUUCCAGCGCCCGUCCCCAAGUAUCAUCUUCAUCGUCGUCGAGGGUCAAUAUGAGUUCGGACCGAUCAGAAAGGUUGAGAUCAAAUCUGCAACAACGAGGUGAAGCUAGAUUAAAUUCUAUUCGUGACAUGGCUUCGCCAUAUGAUCGAGGAGGAUCUUCCCGAGGCAACUCAAAUUCCCCUCCCCUGAACUCGGCAUUCGCGCAGAGCUCGCGAGAUAGAAGCCCGUCGCCCGCGACGCGCCGAUCGACACAGAGUGACCAAACCCGAGAAUCUAGUGGAUCUGGCAGCGGCGGCCCACUGCAUUGGCUAAGAGAUCAAUUCAGUCGAGGGGAGAGAAGACGCUCUUAG